AUGCCUAACUCCUCAUUGGAUACAGCGACAAGCAGCCAAGCAUCGAAGUCGACAACAGUUGCUCCAGUUCAUCGACCUUGCUCUCCUCCUCUCUGGGUCGCGGCUAUCGCCUCUAAAUCACUACAAUUACACCGUCUACGAUACUUCAAUGUAGCAACUGCACUACAACCCCCCUCAAGAGGAGCUUCUGUUUGGGGUCGUGGUACAUGUGGCGUCCGCUCGGCACCCCAUUUUCAACUCCGUUCUUCAUCUACAAGGCUUCGGCGGGGACGCCCGUUGGCAUCAACUGGACUGUCUAGACAGGAUGCUGCCCUUCGCGAAAAGACGAAUGGCACGACUGGAAAAGUGACCUUCCGGAAAGAACUCCCGAGGGCUGUACACACCACUUGGCUCCGUGGGCACCCUCGUCCCCGUCCUUCUCGUUACGCAGACAUCAGGAGCGAGUGGGUCACGAGUGAGCUACCCAUUGACCAAUACAGGCCUGUUCCUCCAGUCGGCUACCACGCGACUCGUUGGGUUCGAUCACUCUUUCCCGUAUUUAUCCGCGACCUCCCUAGCACGUCCAACAAGAUCCCCGUUAUGGAACUCCAGACACUAAAAGCUGCAAUACACUUCCGAGAGAAGUCUGCGGCAAUUAUUCGCAGCACCUUAGAUGGUCAAUAUCACGAGCCUGUGCGCGAGAACCAGCAGACCCCCCUCAAGUCAUAUUCAUCAACACUGGCUCCUCCUCGCAGCGGCGGUUUUCAUCCGGUGCUUUAUCAAGUAGUCGCGGUUGGUUACGGCAACGGUGUUAUCUUAGAAGCUAAAGAUUUCUUCGUGGUAGGGCCCGACAGACGGGAUCUACAUUGCAUCGUUCUCGAGCAAUACGCCAUUGAUUUAACUACGAACAUGCGAGGUUUCGAUCGAUCGCCGAUAUCGGUUCAGGACUUAUUAUGGAUCUACUCUGUCACUCCCACUGGGCGGCACUUCAAAAUCCAACAUCAAUUCUGGAAAGGCCUCGCAUCCCCCGAGCUACAGCGAUGGAGUCGUCGUCGGUAUAUUUCUUCCACGCGGACCGAUUCGCAUUCGUGA